CUGAAGCGAGUUUGUUUCAUUCAUUAGUAGGACCAGGACUCUGGCUCCCACACGGACUUGUGACCAUCGCCAUCUCCGAGCUCGCAUCGGAGUUCAUCAGCUCGUAUGGUACACUUUCUGGACUAGGGCCGCUCUACUGUGCUAGGCCGAGUAGGGGCAGGAGACUCGGAAGUCAAAGUCUCGUCGAUGACCUGUUACCCUCGGAUCCAGGACUGCGGGUACUCACUCACACGCUCGCUCGCACUCGGAGCUUCAUAUAUAUAGUCUCCACCAUUCAAGUUGAACAGCAGCAGUCUUUUCUCAGAGUAUCCAAUUACGAGUCUCAAACACUGGAAUAUCAGUACUUCCAUCUCUCGAUUAUUCUGAAGAUCAGUGUAGCCUCAAAUUGAGACUCGAAAUCGUCAAAUUGGACCACUACUACGACGAGGGAGAGAGCGGGGAGGGCAAUCAGUGCAGCUCUGUGGACUGAAUCCACUUCAGAGUACGAGAAUCCUGCGGCGAGCUGACAGUAUCCAAGCACAGGACUGCGAGAGCACACACUAGAGCUUGGCUCGGACGCUUGCUUAGCGAGUGAGCUUGAAGUUUAACAGAUAUGGCCGGAAUGAACGGAGUCCUGAGUCGGGGCCCGACUGUGGCUGGAGUCAGAGUGAAGCCAAGCAAAAUUUCACUCGUAAAGCCGAUGACACCGACCGAGGAUCACUGGCUGAAUCUGAGCAACCUGGACCGUGUGGUGAACCCGACCUUCAGCAGCAUAAUUCACUUCUUCGAGAAUCCACCAGCCGACAUGAUGGAGCACAUGAGGAGUUCUCUGUCCCAAGUGUUGGUGGACUUCUAUCCCUUAGCUGGGCGUCUGGAAGUACGAAUGGACGGGGUGGUGGAUCUCCACUGCAACGAUGGCGGAGCCAUUUUCAUCGAAGCCGCCGUCGAUGUGACGCUCGCAGGUGCAGGAGGAGCGCAGCCCAUGUGGUCCAUCUCUGGCAUGGACAUUGCCAAGAUCGGACCCGGGCCUCUGUACGUGCCCGACCAGGAGCAGCCGAUGCCCGUGCUCAUCGUCAUGGUGACAGAAUUCAAAUGCGGAGCGAUUGCCGUGGCCACCAACUGGCACCACACUGUGGCCGAUGGAUUCUCCGGCACCCACUUCAUGAAGUCCUGGGCCGAGGUUGCGCAGGGUUUGGAAAUCUCGAUCCGUCCCGAUCACAAUCGAGCUCAGCUCAAGCCCAGGAGCCCACUAAACCCCACCCUGGUGAAUGGGUACACUGCCAAGCCUCUGAUGGAUCUGCCAUCGCCCACCGCCAAGCGAGCAGUGCGCCAGCCAGCUCUGCUGAACGCCUUCCAUUUGGCUCGAGAGGCUGCGACCGAGCUGAAGACGAGAGCGAAUGUCCAGCCUCCUCCUUUCACCCCGGGCCGAUCUUUCACCACUGCGGAAUCCAUCUCGGCGCACCUGUGGAUCCAGAUGACCAAGGCCAGGAUGGCUAAUGCUGACAGUCCGAGAACCGCCGACAGCCCGAGGACUGUCGAAAGCGAUCACUACAGGCUGGAGCACCCGGUCGGUCACGCCACGACGAGGUUCUUCAUCUUCGUGGACGGGAGGAAGAAGCUCGGGCUCAAGCCUGGGUACUUCGGAAACGUCGUGUGCAGCGCUUGCGCCAUGGCCACGGAGGAGGAAAUUGCGCACGGAUCCAUUCAUCUGGCGGCCUCUCACAUCAGGACCGCCACCCGGAACAUCACGGGCGAGUACUUCCGAUCUCUGAUCGAUUGGGUGGAAGAGCAGGGAGUGUGCGGACUGGCGGCGGCCAAAUCCGAGCACGUGAAUUCGAUGGGCCACGAUGUGGCUGCCACUUUCUGGACCUUCUUCCCCUUGUACGAGAUCAAAUUCGCAGGGGAGAACAAACCCGUGUUCGCAGCCAGAAAUUCCCCUCCUCGACCUCUGAUUGAUGGAAUCGCCAUGAUGCCCGGCACAGACGGGCCUGGCAGCAUGGUGGCGCUUCUGAAUCUGCACUCGGACCGCAUGUCCAAGCUACAAAGACAACUCUCGUUCAUGACUGUCUUCCAGUAGAUCCCAAUUUAUCCCAAGAAGCUCAGAUGCCCCCGCCAUGCACCUCCUCGCUCCAGUGUACAUAGAAAAUUGUUCCAGUCUGGCUCCCCUGCAUUAAAAGUCAGCCUUUCUGAAGAUCACUGUCUGAAAUUGCUUAGAGUGUGCCGUGUGGGCGAGAGGACGAUAUUCGACUGAUCGAUUGCGUAACGAUAUUGCCCCCGAUUCAUUAUUACUCUGUAGGCUAAAACCCUGUAUGGAACUGUUUUGUAGGAGCCUUAUGUACUCACACUGAAGAAUAGAGUUUGAUUCUCAGUGCAUUCUUUUAUCUACGUGCAGUAGACGAUUUUGUAGGAUUCAGAGUAAUCGCUGUUGUUAGAAGCUCAGCAUCAAGAUGCGGGGUGAGCUACAAGUAUAGUAUGCUAUUUACUGGCUACUAUAAACGCAGCCCGACUUGUUCCGAGCUGCAUGAUGCGGUUCUGCAGUUCUGAACAGGAAGAGAGCAUGUACAGUAGCUAGGAUCAAUGAAUAAAAUCCAAUAAUUCCGC